AUGGCACAUCCGCUCGUCUAUCCGGGAAAAUAUUUCUUUUAUCCCCUCGGGAAUACACCUGCGGUAUGCCUGACGAGAGACAUCCCGCCAGAGGAGCCCGCAGAUGUGCUUCUGUUGGGCUGCGGCGACCCACGAAGCGUUCUUUUCACUAUUUUCUCUGAGCCUCGGAAAGGGAGACGUGCGCUUGAUUUCACGUGUUGCGAUUUCGAGCCGGCAGUUCUAGCACGCAAUGUCCUUUUGUUGACGCUUGUUGCGGACAAACAGCUCUAUACGAGCAGUAUCUGGAAUAUCUUCUUCCACAUCUACAUCGACGAAGCCUCGCGUGAGGUCCUGGUAGACCAAUGCAAGAAGCUCAUCCAACUGUCCGAUAGCCUCAAUUCCUGGAUGCAAUCGCCGUAUGGUCAGUUCAUCGGGAUGAGUACGGAAUACACCCUAUCCGAGCUGCGGCGCCACUGGACACUCUACGCCGACAUGCCAAACCUGCCGUCCUCGCGGGUCAAACCAAUUCGAGACAAGUUCACACAGAUUGCCAAAUCCCAGGCGCAACGGCUCGGGCAAAACGUGAGCACAGCACGCGGCGCGGGCCCCCUUAUGUUCAAAGCGGUGGACGUCACGUCGCGACAGUACAACUCCUACUGGAAGACGGGUACUACAUUCUCAGACCAAAGUCUCAUCAAGGCCGCAAAGUUUUUCAAUCCUACGUUUGCUUAUUCGUUCGCUGGCGAGGGCUGCGCGGUGCACUACGGCACGGAUCCGAUGGAGAGUUUCCAUCUCGUAGCUCUCUUCGGCAACGCGUGGGGGUCAAUCACCGUCUCUGACGUUGUCAAAGCCGCCAAAGCUGAAUUCAGCGACUGGUGCACAGCCUUCUCAUCUGCUGUCUCCGAUUCCUCGCGCGUUCUUACUGUCCGCUUCUUUCUCGCCGAAGCCAUGGCCGCAUGUCGCGCCCUACAUGACUUCGUCGAGACUGGGACGCUCGAAACUACAGUGCCCGUCGCGCAGUGGAAGACGCAGCUGAUCUUGUUCAACCAGGUAGAGUACGUGUCCAGAGCGGCCCCCGCCCGCUUCAACGUCAUUGACACGUCGAACUUGGACGACCAUAUCGGGCUCCUGAACGUUGUCAUCGCCGCUACCCCCCUCCUUGCACCACCUCCACGACCUAUCGCAUUGUACACGGAGUCAUUGCUCGUACGCGGGGAGGAUGCGACGAAGGAGUUCGCCCAGCGACUGUACGCAAAUCUUACCGUCAUGUCCUUACUCCUGGGUGUCACGCCAAUCGACUACAUAUCAGGCUUCAGUUCGCGAUCGAACACGCACGAGCUAAUGCUAUACGUUCUUCUAAAGGAAACAUCGACUCAAUUCCAACAGGUGACCACUUGGAAGCGUCCUGUAUCUGGAGACGCGUAUGCGUUUCGUGGUGGAGGAGGAUGCCUGCCGCCCACGUUUGAUAGUAUCCAGCUUGGUACGCUCCUGUACGACAUAUACCACGACCUGUUCGAGCAGGAAGACGCAAGGCACUUCUGGCGGCUCAAUCAGGGAAACGUCAUGAACGCCAUAUCAAAGUCCAACAUCAUUCACUAUACACGCGAGAGCUUCGUAUUGUUCCUGAAGCUCGUGAGGGAUCGUCUCUUCAUCUCUCGCGAGAAAUGGCUAGAGGUGAUGGACCGUUUCAUGGACCUACAAAGCGAGGAUCAGACACUCCGGAUGGACUCCUGCAACCUGCAGGACUUUCAUGCGCAUCUGCAUCGUCACGGGAUGUAUACGCUUCCCUUCAUGCUCGAUGAAGCGCCCCGAGUCGGCCGCUUCGCGGACUGGCGAUCUGUCACUGCUCUAGUCCGAGUCAUCCUCGUAAUUCCACGUGAGAAAUUGUCUGUCCUCCACGAUGUUUCCGAUAAACUCGGCACACCUUUGCUACAAUGCGAUAUCCGGGGCGAAUGGUCGCAUAACAUUUUCUCUUCUGUCCAUGUGGCUUUCGGUCGCGCUAUACCAAUGGGAACGAAGGCACGCCCCUGGGUCACGUUCGAGGCGGACUCAGAAGGAUGGAGUGGCACAUCAUCCCUCGUAGCAUCGUUUACCAUGGCAUCGCGGUAUCUCACGGACAUUGAACCCCCUCAUCAACUCCGAGUGACAAUCUCGGUUCGCAGCACGCCCGCCUCAUCGUUGCUGACCGAGAAACUCGGCAUUAUGCUCAUUAUUCAUGAAGCCAGACUGAUGGACGAAUCCGCAGUCUUUGUUCUCCCUGAGCACCCUCUACCCGCGAGGAACCAGGCUGGCGCGUCGGACAUUCCGCAGUCACCGGACGUUACCGUUCUUGAAGAGCUUGGACGAUCUAAUCGUGUUGUCGUUGGACUCGACGAACAAUGUGCCCUGCCAACAGUCAAGCAGGUGUCCCCUUCUACGAUGAGGCUCAUCCUGGAUGGACGGGUGCAAGACGUCAUGUAUCCGUUCCCCGUCAUCGGUGGUCAGAAUAAGCUUCGUCUGGCACGCAAGUCGUUAUAUAUCGAGGUUGUCGUGCCAGUUUACGGACCGUUUCAACCGGAAGGCAUGAAGCUCAAUCCGUUUACUGUAGCGGCAAUCCAGGGCACUCUGGAUCUCUGGAGCAUCCACCGGCUAAAUCUAUCUACCCUCCCUGUCCUCGACACCAAGGCCUCGAAACUGGCAGAUUGGUUGAACCCACACAUCGGCUCAAUGAUGUCCAAAAGGGAACGGUCUCUGCGCAAGAAGCAUAAGGAGGAUAUACUGAUGUAUGUUAAGGACACCAUCCAUGCCAUCCUCGUUCGAGCAUCCGGUAUCCAAGAAGGCCCCCCUUGUCGCCUGUUCGCUUUGCGCGAUCAUACCACGAAAAACAGCGACACAGUCAUUUUCGUCGAUAAUAUCAAAUAUGAUAUGCAUUGCCACACUGUCGUGUGCGAUGGCUUUGUACUGCCUCUAACCUCACACCUCCUUCGUCGACUGGAACAACCGUUCUGCAACCUGAUCACGCCUGGAAGAAUGGUCGACGUAGCAGUGUUCGGCGAAGAAAUGCGGGCAUGGAAGCAGCUGUUUCCUGCGCUUGCUGAGCGAUGCCGCACGUCGUGGACCCAUGGUCCCAAUUGCGAAUAUAGAUCGCAAGGACAAAUUCCGUUGACAGAGGAGAUGGAGCUGGAUCCGCUAUGCAGUUGCGGCAGAGGGAGAGAUACCGAAGCGAUGCAGGCGGUUGACGUAUGGAGACCAUUUGCACCCCAUGUUACCCGGAUUGCUAUAUCCCCGCUAUUCGCUGUCUCCUACCUUGAGACAAUUGGUCGUGAUCCUGACGCUCACAGGUGCUUUGUGUGCAGAGGCAAAGGCAAGCCGAAGAUCAGGGCUUGCAGUGGAUGCAAGAAGAAAUAUUACACUGCUUGA